UUUUUACUGGGUGGCGUUCCGCGAAGUUGACAGUUGCAAACGGAGUUGAGUUCACUUCAGUUGAAAGAAGAAUCUUGUGGGAAAAGGUUGCGUGUGAUUUGCUGAAGAAGGUGUGUGGAGUGAAUCAGUGGAAAAAUUAGCGGCUAAAUUCCGCGUGUGUGAUUUAAAAUAGUGACUGCUCAACAUCCAAUGCACCAUUGCUGGCCACUUUUGUGUUUGCCGUGUCGAUAGAACUCAAGUGUACAGGGAUUAUUGCCAGAGGAAAGUAGAAAAAAUUGUGUUUCAUUGUGCAAACGCUGCGCGAGGAAAAAAUGGCUAACGAAAUGGCUGAUCGGAAUGAUCCGGAUCUCAAGUAUUUGUCUGUGGAGCGGAGCCAAUUCAACGAUCCCGCCACCCAGGCUGAGUGGACACAGAAACGCCUCGUCUGGGUGCCCCAUGAGACACAGGGAUUCGUUGCGGCCAGCAUUAAGGGUGAAAAUAAUGAUGAAGUGGAAGUGGAAGUGGCUGACAGUGGUAAGAAGUUGAUGGUACUUCGGGAUGACAUCCAGAAGAUGAAUCCGCCAAAAUUCGACAAAGUCGAGGACAUGGCUGAAUUGACUUGUCUCAAUGAAGCAUCUGUCCUGCACAACAUCAAGGACAGAUACUAUUCUGGAUUGAUAUAUACCUAUUCUGGCCUCUUCUGUGUGGUGGUGAAUCCAUACAAAAAAUUGCCAAUCUAUACGGAAAAGAUCAUGGAGCGGUACAAGGGGAUAAAACGCCACGAAGUGCCUCCGCAUGUGUUUGCCAUCACAGACACUGCCUACAGAUCCAUGUUACAAGAUCGUGAAGACCAGUCAAUUCUGUGCACGGGAGAAUCCGGUGCUGGAAAGACGGAGAAUACAAAGAAAGUGAUCCAGUAUUUGGCUUAUGUAGCCGCUUCAAAACCAAAAGGCUCGGGACCCAGCCCAGCUCUUAUUAUUGGCGAAUUGGAGCAACAAUUGCUGCAAGCCAAUCCAAUUCUUGAGGCCUUCGGAAAUGCCAAGACUGUGAAGAAUGACAAUUCAUCGCGUUUUGGAAAGUUUAUUCGUAUCAAUUUUGAUGCGUCUGGUUACAUAUCGGGAGCAAAUAUUGAGACAUAUUUGCUGGAAAAGUCUCGAGCAAUUCGACAGGCUAAGGAUGAAAGAACAUUCCAUAUUUUUUAUCAAUUGCUGGCUGGAGCAUCACCAGAACAGCGUGAAAAGUUCAUUUUGGAUGAUGUUAAGUCAUAUCCUUUCCUAUCGAAUGGUGGUUUACCAGUGCCAGGAGUUGAUGACUAUGCGGAAUUUCAGGCAACUGUUAAGAGUAUGAAUAUUAUGGGAAUGACCCAGGAUGAUUUUAAUUCCAUUUUCCGGAUUGUGAGUUCGGUAUUGUUGUUUGGAUGUAUGAAAUUCAAGCAGGAACGUAGUUCAGAUCAAGCUACGCUGCCGGAUAAUACGGUAGCUCAGAAGAUUGCUCAUCUUCUUGGGUUGAAUGUCACGGAUAUGACCCGAGCCUUCCUAACGCCACGCAUUAAAGUUGGUCGGGACUUUGUGACUAAAGCCCAGACAAAGGAACAAGUUGAAUUUGCUGUGGAAGCAAUUGCUAAGGCUUGCUAUGAAAAGAUGUUCAAGUGGCUCGUGACCAGGAUUAAUCGUUCUCUGGAUAGGACUAAGAGACAGGGGGCUUCCUUUAUUGGUAUCCUCGAUAUGGCAGGUUUUGAAAUUUUCGAACUCAAUUCCUUUGAACAAUUGUGCAUUAACUAUACGAAUGAGAAAUUGCAACAAUUGUUCAAUCACACAAUGUUCAUACUGGAGCAGGAAGAGUACCAACGAGAGGGUAUUGAGUGGAAAUUUAUCGAUUUUGGCCUAGAUUUGCAGCCAACAAUUGAUUUGAUUGAUAAACCUGGGGGAAUUAUGGCACUCCUCGAUGAAGAGUGUUGGUUCCCUAAAGCCACAGAUAAGACCUUUGUGGACAAACUCGUAUCGGCCCAUUCGAUGCAUCCAAAAUUCGUCAAGACAGACUUCAGGGGUGUUGCCGACUUCUCCAUUGUUCACUAUGCUGGACGCGUGGACUAUCUGGCCAGCAAGUGGCUGAUGAAGAAUAUGGAUCCACUCAAUGAGAAUAUUGUGAGUCUUCUUCAAGCAUCCCAAGAUCCAUUUGUUGUGCAGAUCUGGAAGGAUGCUGAAAUUGUGGGAAUGGCCCAGCAGGCGCUCACGGAUACGACUUUCGGCGCGAGAACACGCAAGGGAAUGUUCAGGACGGUAUCUCAUCUGUACAAGGAGCAAUUGGCCAAGUUGAUGGACACCCUCAAGAAUACAAAUCCCAAUUUUGUUCGUUGCAUCAUACCCAAUCAUGAGAAGAGAGCCGGGAAAAUUGAUGCUCCACUCGUGCUCGAUCAACUGAGGUGCAACGGUGUCCUCGAGGGAAUUCGCAUCUGUCGCCAGGGCUUCCCCAAUCGUAUUCCAUUCCAGGAGUUCAGACAAAGAUACGAGCUGCUUACGCCCAACGUCAUUCCCAAGGGUUUCAUGGACGGCAAGAAGGCCUGCGAGCGCAUGAUCCAGGCUCUCGAGCUGGAUUCAAAUUUGUACCGUGUUGGGCAGUCGAAGAUCUUCUUCAGGGCUGGUGUCUUGGCACACUUGGAGGAGGAGCGUGACUAUAAGAUUACCGAUUUGAUAGUCAACUUCCAGGCAUUCUGUCGUGGCUUUCUGGCCAGGCGUAACUACCAGAAGCGUCUGCAGCAGCUCAAUGCCAUCCGGAUAAUUCAGCGAAAUUGUGCGGCGUAUUUGAAGCUGAGGAACUGGCAAUGGUGGCGUCUGUACACCAAGGUUAAGCCUCUGCUCGAGGUGACGAAGCAGGAAGAAAAGUUGGUACAGAAAGAGGAUGAGCUGAAGCAGGUACGUGAGAAACUGGAAGUUUUGUCCAAGAGUGCUCAGGAUUAUGAGCGUAAGUUCCAAUUGGCCGUGGAGGAGAAGACUCAGUUGGCAGAGCAGCUUCAGGCAGAGAUUGAGCUUUGUGCUGAGGCUGAGGAGAGUCGAAUGCGUCUGUCGGCCAGGAAGCAGGAACUCGAGGAGAUGAUGCAGGACCUGGAGGCACGAAUUGAGGAAGAGGAGGAACGUGUUAAUUCUCUGGCGACGGAAAAGAAGAAGCUUCAGUUGAAUAUUCAGGAUCUCGAGGAGCAGCUAGAGGAGGAGGAAGCUGCUCGGCAGAAAUUGCAGUUGGAAAAGGUUCAGCUCGAUGGGAAAAUUAAGAAGUAUGAAGAGGAACUUGCUCUGACUGAAGAUCAGAAUCAGAAGUUGCAAAAGGAGAAGAAGAUGCUCGAGGAGCGUGCUAAUGAUCUGUCCCAGACCCUCGCCGAAGAGGAAGAAAAAGCUAAGCACUUGGGCAAAUUGAAAGCUAAACACGAAGCCACAAUUGUUGAGCUAGAAGAGCGUCUGCUGAAAGAUCAUCAGCAGCGUCAAGAGUCUGAUCGCACAAAACGCAAAAUUGAGACGGAAGUGGCGGAUCUCAAGGAGCAACUCAAUGAGCGUCGGGCUCAAAUUGACGAGAUGCAGCAGCAACUGACGAAACGUGAAGAGGAACUCACGCAGACCCUCAUGAAGAUCGAUGAGGAGGCUGCAGCUAAGGCCAGUGCCCAGAAGGCUCAGCGUGAGAUGGAGUCUCACUUGGCGGAGAUUCAGGAGGAUUUGGAUGCUGAGAAGAUGGCUCGGGCCAAGGCUGAGAAGAUCCGUCGCGAUCUCAGUGAAGAGCUCGAAGCCCUCAAGAAUGAACUACUUGAUUCUCUAGACACGACUGCAGCCCAGCAAGAGCUUCGGUCGAAGCGUGAACAAGAAUUGGCCACUUUGAAGAAGAAUUUGGAGGAGGAGACAGCAAGUCAUGAGUCAACUUUAGCUGAUAUGCGUCACAAACAUUCCCAGGAAUUGUCCACGUUAAAUGAGCAACUGGAGAAUCUGCGAAAGGCAAAGGCCACCCUUGAGAAAUCCAAGCAGAGCCUCGAAGCACAAAAUGUGGACUUGACCACUGAGCUCAAUAAUGUCAAUUCGUCACGACAGGAGAACGAUCGUCGUCGGAAGCAGGCUGAAUCGCAAAUUGCUGAAUUACAGGUGAAAUUGGCUGAAGUGGAACGUGCUCGGUCGGAAUUGCAGGAGAAGACUGUGAAGUUGCAGCAGGAAUGUGAGAAUAUUUCGCAGCAACUUGAAGAUGCAGAGCUUAAAGCUUCGGCUGCCAUCAAAUCAGCCAGUAAUAUGGAAGCUCAGCUUUCGGAAGUUCAGGCUUCCUUGGAAGAUGAGACUCGCACAAAAUUGGCUCUGAGUUCGAAAUUGCGUCAGUUAGAGUCGGAGAAGGAGUCACUGCAGGAGCAACUGGAGGAAGAUGAGGAGGCCAGGAUUAACUAUGAGAAGAAACUGGCAGAGAUGACGAAUCUGGUGCAGGAGAUGAAAAAGAAGGCGGAAGAGGAUGUUGAUGCUACCAAGGAACUCGAAGAGGCCAAGAAGAAGAUGAAUAAGGACAUUGAGGCACUUCAGCAUCAGAUUCAGGAGCUUCAGGCGGCCAAUGAUCGAUUGGACAAGAGUAAAAAGAAAUUCCAGUCGGAAUUGGAAGAUGCAACAAUUGAACUUGGAGCUCAGAGGACAAAGGUCUUGGAAUUGGAGAAGAAACAGAAGAACUUUGACAAGGUUCUGGCUGAAGAAAAGGCAAUUAGUGAGAAGUACACGCAAGAAUUGGACAUUGCUGAGCGAGAGGCACGUGAGAAGGAGACAAAAGUCCUCUCCCUCACCCGUGAACUCGAUGAAGCCUACGAGAAAAUUGAGGAUCUCGAGGGGAAGCGCAAAGCUCUUCAGAAUGAACUCGAUGAAUUGGCCAAUUCUCAGGGAACGGCAGAUAAGAAUGUGCAUGAGUUGGAGAAGGCAAAACGUGCCCUGGAGAGUCAAUUAGCUGAAUUGAAGGCACAGAAUGAGGAAUUGGAGGAUGAUCUGCAGCUCACAGAAGAUGCCAAGUUGCGUCUGGAAGUCAAUAUGCAGGCACUGAGGGCUCAGUUCGAGCGGGAUAUUCAGGCCAAGGAGGAGCAGUCAGAGGAGAAGAGGCGUGGUCUGGUGAAAGCUCUCCGGGAUAUUGAGACGGAAUUGGAUGAGGAGAGGAAACAGCGAGCUGCUGCUGUGGCGGCCAAGAAGAAGCUCGAGGGUGAUAUCAAGGAUAUGGAAGCGACUCUCGAGAUGAACAACAAAGUCAAGGAGGAUGCUCUGAAGCACGCUAAGAAACUGCAGGCGCAAUUCAAGGAAUCUCUCCGUGAUGCUGAGGAAGCCAAGGCUGCCCGGGAAGAGGCUGCAGCUGCCAGUAAAGAAGCGGAAAGAAAAGCCAAGGUUCUGGAAGCUGAAGUAGUUCAACUCACGGAAGAUGUUGCAAGUGCCGAACGUGCCAGGCGAGCUGCUGAAGCAGAACGCGAUGAGUUGCUGGAGGAAGUCAGUAGCAAUAACAGCAAAGGUUCACUGAUGGUGGACGAAAAGCGUCGUCUAGAAGCCAGAAUUGCCACACUUGAGGAAGAGCUCGAGGAGGAACAAUCGAACUCUGAGUUGCUUCUGGAUAGAAAUCGUAAGGCUCAGCUUACGAUGGAACAGUUGGCCACUGAAUUGGCCACUGAGAAGUCGAAUACGCAGAAGCAUGAGAAUGCCAGAGCGUUACUUGAGCGGCAGAAUAAGGAGCUGAAGGCCAAAUUGGCAGAGAUUGAAACGGCUCAGCGUACGAAAAUUAAGGCCACAAUUGCUGGGCUUGAGAAUAAAAUUGCUAAUCUGGAGGAGCAGCUGGAAAGUGAAGCCAAGGAGCGUCUGCAGCAACAGAAGAAUAACAGAAAGAUGGACAAGAAGCUGAAGGAGUACUCGAUGAACAUUGAAGAUGAACGUCGACAUGCUGAUCAGUAUAAGGAACAAAUUGAGAAGCUCAACAAUCGCAUGAAGACCUUGAAGCGCAAUUUGGAUGAAGCUGAGGAGGAAGUUCAGAAGGAAAAGGCUCAAAAGAGGAAAGCACAACGCGAAUUAGAGGAUAUGCUGGAAAGUCAUGAAGCUCUGACACGGGAGAAUAAUUCCCUAAAGACGAAAAUUAGACGUAGCGUCGGUGGAAUGGGAAUAAGUUCCUCUCGAUUGGGCAAACGUGAUUUCGAAGAUUCCACAAAUACCAUCAAAGAUGAAUCCAUGGACGGUGAGGAGUCCACCAAUUGACGACGACGAUAGAAAAUGAAACAGGAAAAGGAAAUUUUAGCAUGAGAUUUCUUUGUAGAAGGGAAAAUAUCCAAUUUUGAGGUGACUUUCUCAACGCAGAAAAGAAAACAAAUAAUAGAAAGGGGAAUUUAUCAGGAGAUGAAAGAAUAAUAUAUAAAUAAAUAAAUGAAAAAUAGAAUAGGGACUAAAUAGAAUCAGGAAGAAAGUAGCAAAGUAUAAUAUCUCAAGAGUCUUCCCAUAUUUCACGUUGAACAUUUUUUUUUUUAAAUUUUGCAGAAGAAAAUAGCAAAAAGAAAGACGUGAAGAAAACAAUCUUGCGCUCAUAACGAUUUUAUAGUAACGUUUUUUCAGUCCAUUUCAAUAUGAUUUCUUUUUUAAUUUUGCAUUUUGCGCCUCAUGCUAUAGAUGAAAAUAAUGAUUAAGAUGUUUUUUUUAAUGUAAUUGUUAAUUAAUUAAUUAUUAUUAUGUGCCAUUUGCAUUUUCUUGUAAUUCUCGCGAUGCGGCAAAUGAAAAAAAAAUAAA